CUCUGGAGCCCUCCCCUUGCCCCAGCGCUGGCUCGGGGCUAGGGAGGAUGCUGAAGCCGUGAUCCAAAGGAGGAGCAGCCGCCGGGAGAGAGACAGAGACCGGGACAGACUGAGACACAGGCUCCGGAACCUCUCUGCCCAUGUGGACCCUGGCGGUGGUAUUUCUGAUCGGGGCUUUCCCAGGAGCAGGCAUCUAUGGGGGAGAGCCCUCAAACAGUGCCAGAGACAGGGAGGUAGACCUACGGGCCCAUCUUCAUUCAGGGAUCAAUGCUGCACUGGUGCGACCCCGAGCGCGUGUUAAACGUUGUACCUGUUACUCGUACAAGGACAAAGAGUGUGUGUACUACUGCCACCUGGAUGUCAUCUGGAUGAACACCCCAGAACGAAUUGUACCAUAUGGAUUAACGAAUGUGCAAAGACAUAAACGUUCGGACAAAGAGGAGACAAGUGGGUCGCUGACGGCUCCAAGAGCUCGAUGUAUCUGCACAGUGGAAACUGAUUGGCAGUGCAGCCAAUUUUGUCAACAGAAUGAGCGAUGUAGAGGUCAGAUACAAGCUAAGUGCAAAUGGUUUGUGGCAACUAUGCACAAAAUCAGGAGAGCAACUAGAUGA